AUGGACACAAUUUAUCUCGAUCCAAGAAAUAAUCAUAUCUAUCAAGUUGUUGAAAAGCGUGUCAAUAAUUCGCUGUUGAAAGUAGCGUAUAAUUACGUUGGAAAUGAAGAAGCGGUUGUGUUAGAUGAUGUUCCAGAUUCCAUGUUUAGACUAGAAAACCCAAUCGAGGUUAAUCCAUCGAAACUAUUAAAAGGCAGAAUAUUGUCUUUGGAAAACAAUACCAGUCUAUUAUGCGGCAUCAACAUAAAUCACUAUAAAAGGAUUAAAGAAAUGAUAAGCGAUAGUUGCUAUGAAACAAACGAUACCAUUUAUUCACUACAUUAUGGGUUAGUUGUUUUUUUCAAAAAGCAUUAUCCAACUUGUGACAAUGCGAAGGUUAAUCUAGAAAUGAUGGGUUAUCGAAUCUUUGCAAACAUAAAGAUGCUGCCAAGAGUCAUCGAAAAACAGCAAUCAUUACAGGAAAAGUUGUACAGAAUUGUUAUGAGCGAUGUUGAUUCUAAUUCAGAUGAUGUGAAAGAAAUUAUCAUUUGUAUAUCUGCCAAACACUUUGAUCAGGAAGCUAAUACGUUAUGUCAGUUUGUGUGGUAUCGUUGGUCAAGUGUGUUAUAUCAACCUCGUAAUUGCUAUCAUUUGUUGUUUAAUGGUUUUCUCAAGGAGCUUAUUGUGGAACGAUCGUGUGGUUUUAAACUGAGCACAAUAACCUUUUCGUUGACAUUUCUUGGAGCAUGUCAAACAGACAAAAAAAUUGGUAUCAUCCGGUACCCUAUCUAUACUACUUUUGCCCAAAAGCGUAUCAAAUUGUAA